AUGACAGUUUUUCUAGCGCCGCUAGAUGAGAUUGUGCCUCACAUUCUCCGGCUGUGGAAGACACGUCAGACCGACAGGAACAUGGUCCGCAUUCUGCGGCAAAAGCAUAUCGACACAGAACAUUAUGGUAUUGGGCUCACCAAGUUGAGAGAAAUUCGGGAGGGCAUGGGCCUCCGACGGACACGCCAGCAAGGUCAUACCAUAGAGUCUAUCCGUGAUGCUAUGAUCGAUCUCCGUCAGAUGUAUCCGAAAGCUGGAAUCCGCAAGGUGAUAAGUCUCCUGUUCCAUGAAAGGGAUAUGAGUGUUGCAAGGUCUGUAGUAUCCUUGUAUUUCACUGUCUACGAGCCUGAACUCGUACGUGAACGUAAAUCCAGGUGCCUCAAGAGGAGGCGCUUCUGGGCAGCAGGCGUGAAUGAUCUAUUCACGGUAGACCAACAUGACAAAUGGUUGAGGUUCGGUCUUGGUCUCCAUACUGGGAUUGAACCAUUUUCUGGGCGAAUUAUGUGGAUUCGCGUAUGGCAUUCUAACCGAAAUCCGCAGCUCAUUUUAUCCUACUACCUCAAUACAAUUGAGGAACUUGGUCAUAUGCCGUUGAUCACACAGAGUGAUCUAGGCACCGAAAACUUCAGGAUUGCCAAUGCUCAAACUCUCCUUUGUCAGUGCUAUGAUCCCGACCUUCGAGGAACGCUGCAGCACCGCUGGAUGCGUUCCAAAAAAAAUGUCAUGCCCGAAAUUACCUGGUCCCAGUUACGACGACGUUUCACGCCGGGCUUUGAGACACUUCUUGAUCACGGUGUCAACGAGGGUUGGUAUGACGUCGGAAACACUCUUCAAAAUAUGGUAUUUUGCUGGGUAUUUAUCCCUUGGCUUCAGCGAGAAUUAGAUGCGUAUCGGGACCGCAUCAAUAAUACAGCCAAGAGACGUGAUCGAAAUAAGGCAGGUACAUUCAACAUCAGUGGCAUCAUCUGA